AUUCCAUCUGUCAAUACUUGCACUUCAGUUCGCUAGGGAAGGAAAAAAUAACAAUCUACUAUCCGAACACUCCGCAGUAAAACUGUGCCAACACAAACGUUGUAAUGUCCGGCUUGAUAAGAUUAAACAGCAGCCAUCUGCUGGUGCGCAAUCUGGUUCAGCACUCGUUCCGGAGCGCGCGGCUCAUCUCGUCCUCCCAGAAGAACCGUGAUGCAGCUACAGUCGAUCUGAGCAAAAAGGCUGCAGCUACCGCUGCAUCGGCUGCCUCGACCACUGCCAGCAAGAAAAACUGGGUGAGCUAUGGCUUUGACUACAGAGAUGAAACGACGGAUCGGAACGCCAUGCACGCGACCUUCUUCUUCUCCGUAACAUUUUGCCUAGUGAUUGGUGGCUUUUACUGGGCGUACCUCCCGGAUCCCCAAAUGCGCGAUUGGGCCCAACGCGAAGCCUACCUCGAGCUGAGAAGACGUGAAGCUGCCGGCUUGGAACCGAUUAGCAAGGACUUUAUCGAUCCGGCGUUGAUUGUACUGCCCACGGACGAGGAACUCGGUGACACCGAGAUUGUUAUUUAAAGGGAAAAAAAGUUCAAUUUGCUCGUCAAGAAUUAUGUAACUGCUCGCGAGAAAGACAGUGGGAAUACAUCGUUGCGUGUAAAUAUGUAAGAUGAAACGCUGAGCGGUUAUGGUCCGUCAAAGCGAUGCAGUUGAUAAUUGAUCUAAUAAAAUUAGAUGAUUUCGGAAAAAAUAAA